CUGCGGCUUGAUGACAUCAUCAGACCGCGACUUACAAACGCUGCUGUGAGCGUCCUUCAGCUCUGUGGAGUGAAUUAAAUCGCUUCUAAACCGAAUGUUUGUGUUUUUAGGCGGUUUUUACAACAUUGAAGAACACGGAGCGGAACAAUCGAGAACCUUUGGUCGAUACGAAUAAAACAUCGGUGAAAUCGCGGCUCCUCCUGCUGUGACGGAGGGAAGAAUGACUGCUCCCAGCUCAGCAGAGAGAAAGGCAUGCUGGGAAGCCAGGGACCAGCUGUGGAAAUGUCUGGACGACAGCCGUGACCGGGCUUCGAGCUGCCAACACCUCCAGAGCGUCUUCGAGGCUAAGUGUCCCGCUCAGUGGGUGAAGUACUUCACCAAGAGGAGAGAGUACUUGAAGUACAAGGAGAAGAUGGAGAAGGAAAGUUUCAAACCUUCUGAAGGUCCAGAGCAGCCGUCGUAAGAACUGAGCCCAGACUGGAGCUGGACCGCUGUGGACCGCCGUCUGAGCUCACAGACCGUACUACAGACCGUACUACAGACUGUACUACACACCGUGCUACAGACUGUGCUACAGACAGUACUACAGACUGUACUACAGACAGUACUACAGACAGUACUACAUCUUUCUUUAUUUAUUUACUGGAACAUGGUGCAGUCCACAGAACAUAGAACACACUGAGUGACCUGUGUGGUCCAGCCCAGCUGGUCUGGUCCAGCCCAGCUGGUCUGGUCCAGUCCGGUCCGGUCCGGUCCGGUCCGGUCCACUGGACGACACACCUGUGGGACUGUAACGGUACUAGAUAAUAGUUAUUUGAUUAUUACUGUGACGACCUGCUGACCCAGUCAUCGUCAGUGUUGAUGACAUCACAUCACCAUGACAACAGGAAACAGGUUUGUUUGACGAGGACGGAACCUGAAGGUGGCGCUAAAAUGUUUCCAAUAAAAAUAAAUCUGU